GUGCAUGAAGGGAAUCAUUAGUCCUCUUGCCAAUUUAUUGUUUUCUUUCAGUCAGUGUUCAUCAAUCGAGCAGUCAAGUUGUGCGUUGUGUUUUGUUUAUGAUAAAUCUAUAUUGUACCAAAAACAGUACUGCAAUAUCGGUGCUUGAGUAGUUAGUUGAGAGCUGUUGGCGAGGUCUUCACAUUUAGAUCUAAAAGAAAAGAAAAUGUCAAAUAGGGUUAAGGAAGAGAUGCAGCCAACAACAUUGCAGGAAGCUUUGAAUAUAAUCGCAUUCUUAAAACUUUCACAUAAAAAGGAAAUUGCCAAAAUGAAGGAAACACACAUAAAACAAUCAGAAAUCAUAAAGAAAUUGGAACAGAAUAGAACAAAAGAACUUGAAUAUCUAUCUAUUGAACUACAAAAGUAUGAACUUAACCUAGCUCUAAGAACAGAAGCAGUAAAAAAACAGUUAGCGCAAAAGGAUGAAAUAAUCCAAAAACAGCAAGAAAUAAUCGAUGAACUUAAUCAAAAGUUAAAGUUGAAAGAAGAUUGCACUGCACCAGAGAUUACUAUUAACGUCGAAUCGAAUUCUGACUCCGGUGUUGCCAUGGAAAAUGACGAUAGCAUAGAUAAACCAGAACCAGAAAAGACUGAAACAAAAGCAACAAGAAAGUAUAGCAGACGAUUUGCGGAUCCCAUUAGUUUCCUACGCAGAGUUGACUUUUCACCCAUGAAAUAUAAACCAAGUAACCGAGAAGGUGCUAAGAAGAAAGAAGAGAAGAAAAAGAACUUAGAAGUACCAUGUGCAGAGACGAGGGUAUUAGUGCGUCAGUUCAGUAACGAGAAAGUUACGAGCGAUGAUGACAGGACAUGCGAAGAUAGUCUGUUUUCGGAUGACACAGCAGAACCUGUUUUACUAAGACCUAAGAAAAUGAACGACAGUAUGAACAACCAUUUCUCUGACGAUGGAAGCGAGGAUACCAGUGAAGAAAUAUUCGAUAGAGUCAUGACCAGAAGCAGUAUUAGACGAUCUGUUAAAGCUAAUCCUAAGUAUAAGAAAAUAAAUAGAACGAAAUCGAAAUUGUUGGAACAAGUCAAAGUCAAUAUUGUUGAUUAAAAUAAUGUCUAACUGUACUGAUAUUUAUUAACUAAUUUCUACUUAUGUUGUAAGUUCAAUUUGAUUGAAUAUUUAAUUAAAUACAGUUCAUUAAAUGGAA